AUGCCGCGUUUCAGAACGCAGGAGGAGUACGACAACGCAGGCGCCGUUUAUGGCCUCACCGGCUGCAUCGGAACCGGCAAAUCGGAGGUCGUCAAAGUCAUCCGAGCAGACUGGGGUUACCCCGUUCUUGACGCCGACGUCAUAGCACGGGAGGUGGUUGCCCCCGGGACGGUAGCGUCCCUCUUGCUACGCCUUGUGUUCGGCCGAAACUUGUACCGUCGCAACGAGCAGGGCAACCUCGAACUCGAUCGCAAACGCCUCAGCGAGAUUGCUUUCGGAAAUCCAAGAGCGCUCAACCUGUUGAACUGGAUUACGCAUCCCCUAGUUUGUGCACGAAUAUUGUGGAGAGUGUUUCUGCUUCGGUAUGUGGCUGGGGUGCGCACCCCAAUCGUUCUCGACGUGCCACUCCUCUAUGAGAGUGGUCUCUCGAGACUCUGCAACGUGACCAUGGUGGUCUAUGCAUCGCGUUCACAGCAGUUUGAGCGUCUACGCCGACGACACCCGGACUGGACUGACGCGGAUAUCCAGCAACGUAUCCAAGCUCAGAUGGCGCUCGAGCAGAAGAUGCUACGAGCUGACGAGCGGAUCGAUAACCGCGGUACUCCAGAAGAGUUACGUGAGGAAGUCGCACGUGCCUUGGAGCGUCUUCGUCUCCAGGUGAGUCUCAAGGCACGCAGUCGCCAGAAACGGCUUGCUCUGGCACUGGGCGUCGUGUUUGCGAUCAUUCUUGUAGUUGCGAUCCUGAACCCGAUAAGGUGA